CUAAUUGAAAAUCGUAAUGUCGCACUCGAUAUGAUUUAACUAGCAGAAAUGAACUAGAAUACAUAGCGCCAUGUUGACGAAUGACAGAAUGAAACAUCUUCAUCGCGCAGCAGCAACGUCAGUAUAGUAGAAGAUCGCAUAGUUCGCGGUGGUGGUGUCGGGUCAUAAAAUCUCUACAAGCAGCCUCGGUGAAAAAUAACAUCAACGAAAUCCGUGCAAUUUGCUUGCCAGAACAAACUGUCCCGUGCAAAGUGUUCAAGUGAAGCGGAUAGAUUGUGGAACGCUGCAUCGAUAGAACAGCCAAUCGAGAAAAUCACACUCUACAGCUUCCCUCAUCGAGUGAAGAGUGGUAUUGUUUAUAAUUACGUUCGAGGUGGUGCAUACGUUUGUUACGUACGCGAAAAAAAGUAAAGUAACAUACGACAUUAGACCUGCAGGAUUGUGCGCUGAAAAGUAGCGAUGAAACAGAAUCUCUUCGAUGAUUAUGAAUUCUAUUUUUCUGUGGGUAGAAUAAAAUAAUAUCUGCUGACCAAUCAGCUGGCUGUGCAUGAGUUUAUUGAGCAGUGCAUGGGCGAUCGCAGCAAGCUUGUGCGAAGGUGGUAAAUAAAUCUCGCCACCUAUGAUUUGCUUUUCCUGGAAGGUGGCAAGACGCUAAAGCCAACAGCUGAACAGCAAGCCGAGCAUCCUAGCAGGCGUUGAUCAAAAUCGAGCUACCAACCAACAUCAAAUCGAAAUUCCCUCCGUCCAACAGAGGCUGGAAGUUGUGCAUAUCGUAAAACAGUGGUCACGCGCUUGUGGUGGCAUUCGAAAAACACAUCAUCCUACCGACGAACGACGUCUCAACGGUGGCAUCAGCAAAUCACAACUCAAAUAUGUCCAGUAAAUUGAACAAUCCGAAGCGCCGUGAGGUGACGGGUUCGUCAUCAUCAAAUUCUUCGAUUUCAUCCGUCGGUGCCUCGGACAGUGGCAUCUCGGCUGAUCUUGCCUCGCUGUUCGAGUGCCCGGUCUGUUUCGACUAUGUACUGCCACCGAUACUGCAGUGCCAGAGCGGUCAUCUCGUGUGCACAAGCUGCCGUUCCAAGCUGACCUGUUGCCCGACCUGCCGUGGCUCGCUCGGUAACAUACGGAACCUGGCCAUGGAGAAGGUGGCCUCGAACGUCAAGUUCCCGUGCAAGCACUCGAACCACGGCUGCACCGUCUCGCUCGUGUACACGGAGAAGGCGGAGCAUGAGGAGGUGUGCGAGUUCCGCCCGUACCUGUGCCCCUGUCCGGGUGCUUCCUGCAAAUGGCAAGGAUCGCUCGACUACGUUAUGCCGCACCUGAUGAUGUCACACAAAAGCAUCACCACGCUGCAGGGGGAAGACAUCGUGUUUCUGGCCACCGACAUCAACCUGCCCGGCGCCGUCGACUGGGUGAUGAUGCAGUCCUGCUUUGGACAUCAUUUUAUGCUCGUCCUGGAGAAGCAGGAAAAGUACGACGGUCACCAGCAAUUCUACGCGAUUGUUCAGCUAAUCGGAUCGCGGAAGGAAGCGGAAAACUUCGCCUACCGGCUGGAGCUGAAUGGGAACCGUCGACGGCUCACCUGGGAAGCGAUGCCCCGUUCGAUUCACGAGGGAGUCGCCAGUGCAAUUCUCAACUCGGACUGUCUGGUGUUUGACACGUCAAUCGCACAACUCUUUGCCGACAAUGGUAAUCUCGGCAUCAAUGUAACUAUUUCCGUUGUGUAAAAGGGGGCAAAAAGGGAGCGAUUUACCUGAUAGGGAGGUAGGGGUGGUUUGGGGACCACAAUUUUUUUCUGCUAUUAUGCGAUAAGAUAUUUUCUUUGCGUAUCCGAUGUGUGAUGCUAGUUGUUUAAAGAAAUAACUACAAUGGAAUACAAUGUUUGCGUUUUGAUUUGAUACACCUGGUGUGGUAGAAUUCAUUACUUUUCACGUAUUUGCAUUUGCUAAACUUUUCACUAUCGAACUAAUCUAUUAGUUGAAUCUUGUCUCUAUAAAAAUCAUCCUGUACGAAAGGAGCCAAGGACACGAGCAAAUUAACCGAGCAACAAUCGAUCCGUCAUGAAUUUGAAUUGCCUUGCUUUGUCGUUGUCGUAGGAUUGCACGAUUGCGUGUGUCGAUCAUUUAUGUAUGUGUGGUGUAUGUGUGUUUGCACGGGGAUGAAUGAAGGGCAAUCAUUAGCAUGAUAUAAUAACUUCGAUUGCGUGACAAAGGUUGUUGAAAAUGCGUGAAUUUGAAUGGACGUGUGCAAGUGUGUUUGCAUAUCUUUCGGUAAAUAUAUAUAUAAAAACAAGAUUACAAGACACGGUUACAAAAAGGAGAUCCAGCGUGAGAUUCCACCGGGAUAGGUGAAAAGACAUUUAGCCACUUCUGUCCUCGUACCGGACAUCUCACAAAAUCCUUAAGGCCGAUCUAGGUUGAGAUAGGUUUAAGUACAUUUACGACUCAUUUAUUAUAUACACUACUAUGCUAUUCCCGGUUCAAACCCCCUAACACGCGCAAAGCUAAACGUUGCGCUUACAAUGCACGUGUCCCAACAGUGGGGAAACACGUUUGAAAAUAACAUUGGAGAAAGAAGACGAUAGGAUAAUGAUAUGACGAUAAUCAUUUGUUGAAAAGAAAUGGAAUUUACGUGUGAUAGAGAUUCUCGUGAAGAUUUAAUUUUCAUACUGCACUGGGGACUCAUACCAUACAUUAUACUUUUUUUCACAAAACCCAGGGGCUCCUCGCGAGGAUUAUUGAACUAGAUAAUGUUCUAUUAUCAUAGAAUAACAAUUCUUUUGAAUGUAGAGUGCAUGCAUCCUAAAAUAGAUGCUCCCUGUGAAGGUUUGCUGAAUAUUAUUCCAUGACACAUUUGCAAAAUGUAGCACCAGCAAGAAGAAACUGUACUGCCAGCAAACGUGUAUAGUUCAACACGUAAGUGAAAUGAAAUAGGAACCGGUUGAGGAAGAUUGUCUUUCCGUGCUAGAGUUAUUCUUUUCCUUGCAACUCUUGUUAUGAUUUUGUUUGUCGAGUGAUUUUUACAUUUUUACAGUGGAAAUACUAAACGUUUAAUAAUCUUCAAUAGACAGCUAACAUUUGCGACAAUGCAAGAGGUAUCAAAAACCGAGCAGAUACAAAAAGUUGAAAAAAGCAAACGUAACAGAAGGAAGCGAAUAUUCACGACCGUUACUGGGGUGUUGUUCACGAGUGCUGCUAAUAAAAUACUAUGUUUUUUCU